UCCAUCCAUCCAGCUUCUUGCAACAUGGAGUCUUCCAUGCCGCACGUGAGCUCCGCAUACCAGGCUGGUAUGUCGUCGUCUUUGUUCUGUGGAUUGCCCAGGAGACGACGAAAGCGUUUCCUUGGAAAUGACAACUUGCUUCACCAUAUUGACUGCAACCAGAGUGACAUAUCCGAUGAGAGCAACGAUGAUGAAUUGGAAGUGGCAACUGUUGAUAGAAACUCUGAAGACAGUAGUUCGACGGGGUCCGAGGAUGAGGUCACGGCACUCACAACAGGCUUGAAAAACAACAUGGUUGCCGUGAAGUGGUUCGACAGCAGGCCAGUCACAGUCAUCUCCAAUUGUGUGGGCGUUGACCCCAUAACAACUGUCAAAAGAUGGGACAAGAAGCAGAAGACACACAUUCCAGUUGAGUGUCCUGCUAUUGUGCCAAUGUACAAUAUGUGA